CUGCCAAUCCCCGACAAGAUGCCGAGGACUGGGUGCUUCAACGUUCACAUGGCCGUCACUUUGCGACGAUCUUCCAAAGCAGCAGUCGACGACGCAGCCACGGCGAGCAUGAAGACUCCAGCUGAGCGCGGUCCCGUUCCUAUUAGCGGCUAUCUGUACAAGAUGAAGGCCAAGGAGCGGGUACUCACACCACAGUGGAACAAGCGCUUCUUCGCUCUCGAGGGAACGAAGCUCAAGUACUACCAGAACGAGAACUCUCAAGAGGCGUCCAAGGUCAUCGAUCUGUUGGGCAUCGAGUCCAUUCGACGCUUCGAGAACGGCGACCACGGCGUCUUCAGCUUCGUGGUCAAGACCCCGGAGCGCAGCUACUUCCUGCGCGCCGAGAGCAAAGGCGACAUGAAGCGCUGGGUCCGCGGCCUCAAGGAUCAGCAAGAUCUGUGGCGUGCCAAGCUGGAAAAGGGUACUGCACUACCCGACCCAGCCGUGCGCAGACCCAAGCACUACAGUGACUUCCCCCUAGUAUCCCAGAGUAGCUCCAGUAGCCUCCGCGCUUAAUUACCAACGGAAUCAAUAUUACUUAAGUACCACGCAUCACAGCGACUCCCGCG